UUUUUUCUCUCUUUUUUAAAAAAUAUAUUCUCAUCAUGGACGACUUGUUUGUUAUCGACACAAAGGGCUCAACAGAAGUCAAAGUGACUACAACAGCAGAGCAGCGUGAAUUCACCGUUACCGGCACCAACACACCAACUCCGCGCAGUAACGGACACAAAUUCAAAACUGCACAAAUCAGAGUAAUUGAGGACGACCUUGUUGCCGCAGCACCCGGCCCAUCAACAGCCGCGGCCGGCCCCUCACAGCACCAAAGCUCUAUGAAUGGUCUCAACUUGCAGUUCCUCAAGCUCGGUGUGGGCAAAAAUAAAAAUAAACCGAGAAGGCAAAAAAAUGCUGCGGCCAAACGAUCUACCGCUGCCGCAGCUCAGCAGCAGCAGCAAUAUGGCAGGAUGGACAUUGUGCUUGAUCAGAUGGUGGAUGAUGGAAGCGACGACGAGAUCAUGGUUUUGCUCAAUGGACCAAGAAGCCAGGUGCGGGAUGCAACGGGCGCGGAUACUCCUACUGAUCAAUGUGCGAAGAAGAAUAAGAAGAGGGCGGCUAGGAGAAGCAAGCGGGCUGCUCACCUUGUUACAGCUACUCAGCAAAAUGACGUGGAAGCGAUGGACGACUACAUGCAGAACUUGGGCGAGGAUGAGAUCAUGGAGUUGCUUCAAGGGUCGGUAGGCGGGAAAUACCAGGCGCGCGAUAUUGGCGGGCCGAUUGAUCUCGAGGGUAUGUAUGAUGAGCCGGUCGAGAUUGACGAUCCAUUCAAGUACGAUGACGAGCUUGGCGAGAUGCUUCUUGAUGGCUCUGACAGCAAUACCAGUGAUGACGACGAAGACGACGGGUGCCCGGUUAACCUUGACUUGGAAAGCCUCGCUGGCCCGGAUGAGUUCCCAUUGCCCAAGGCCAACAAGCACCAUCGGGGCCGCAUGCAGAGCGUGCAAAAUGCCAAAACAUUCAAGGACCAGGACCGCGCUAAAGCCAAGAACAGCCAUGCCAAGCAGAAGCAGAAAGAUAGUGCUGGCAGUGCAGGUGGCAACGAUGAUGGCCCUUCGGCCGGCUUUGAUCCGCGCACAAUCAUUAAACGUUUGGACAUGCUAACGCAAACAAGCGAUAUGAGCAGUAUCUGGCUGCAGCCGAUGAACAAGUACGAGCGCCAGGUUGUCCAUAUGCUGGCGCGCGAGUAUAGUGUUAAAUCCAAAUCGCACGGCAACGGUGCCAGACGCACGCCUGUGCUAACGCUGACGGCCAAAAGCAACCGCCCGACUAAUCGUCGCCGCAUCAGCCGGCUGGUGAUGCUGUUUGACGAAGGUGGUCUAAUGCCCGAACAAUAUAGCGGUCCACAUGGUGAUGGUGGUGGGUCGGCAGAAAGAGGCUCGGGACGCGGCAAGGGCAAGAACAGAGGAAGAGGCGGUGGCAAUGGUAAGGGCAAGGCGUCGGGUGGAGGCGGUGCUGCACCUGCGCAGCCGCAUGGCAAGAUUGUUGCUGAGGAUGCGCCGGUCAUUGGAUCAUCCAAUGUCGGACAUAGGAUGCUCGCGCAGAUGGGAUGGCAGCCUGGACAGGGACUCGGGGUCAAUGAAGAGGGCCGCUCUACACCUGUCGAUGUCAUGUUCCGCGCCGGACGUCGUGGUCUUGGUGCUUAGUUUGAUUCAUGCCUUUUUUCCAUGUCGCUUGUAAUUAGGAUACAAUUUUUUGUUUUAUUCCUUUCAUUUUGAUUUUGAUAAAAUAACUAUAUUAGAUCUGCUUUACAAA